AUGUUUAAAACUUCUAAUUUAUUCGAAGCACUUAAUAUUCCUUUAAGCAAUACCCUGACCCCAAUUAGAGAUUAUGAAAAUGAUUAUUUCCAUUGCAACGACAAUAAACUACCCACCUUUCAAAGGGUUUACUCGCAAUCACAUCGCAAUAGAGAUUCCAAUCGUCAUUAUCAAAUAAAUAAUAUAUCAAACAAAAAACCUUUUAGUUUAGAUUUAAGUAAAAUUAAUCGGACUUCUCUACCACAAAAUAAGAAAACAACACCUAUAUUAAAUAUCAAUGGUUGUGAUGAAACGAUAUCGUCAAGUAGCUCAGAAAUGACCAAGGAAUUAAAUAGAGCAAGUAAAACAGAAAUUUUAGAAAGUUACUCAUCACUUCAUGAAUCUGUUAGUGACGAAAGCGAUGAAAUGACAUUUUAUCAAAUAAUAAGAAAGUUAUACGAGUCUGAAAUUGAAUAUAUUGAAACAAUGCAAAUGGCAACGUGUGUCUACAGAAAAGCCCUGCAUACUCAUCCAAAAUUUAAAAAGAAGCUCUUUGACCCCAAUUCAUCAGAUGAAGUAUUAUUGUUUGGUAAUAUUGAUACAAUCGCUUCUAUUAGCAAAAUAUUUGUAGCAUCUUUUAAUAAACUCUUACUUGGGGAUAAUAUACAAAAUGAAAUAGAUGUCAAUUUUUGGGAUAAGUUACUCGAGGAUGGUGAUUCAUUAAAAAGAAUGUAUGAUACUUUUGAUAUUGGAAAUCUAUUUGAACAACAUCUUCAUAGAAUAAAGACAACAUAUUUGAAUUAUUUUGUAACAGAAAGAAAACAGAUUUAUCUGUAUAAACAAUUACAAGAAAAAUAUCCAACUUUAUUUCAAAAAUGGAUAGAGUACUGUUUGACAAGAUGUCAGUUCACUCAUUUAGAAAUAAUAUUAAGAAGACCAAUGCAAAGGGUACACGAAUGGAUUAACAUUUUAUCCGAUCUUCUCCAAAUUGGUAGCAUUGGUUCACUACUGUCUGAUAAUUUAAUAAAAACGCUUAAUCAGUCAUUGCAUAACUAUAAAGAAUUUGUUUGUCAUAUAGAAAAUGAAAUAUCUGAGUACAAUGGGAUGAAUAACAAGAAUUAUGACUAUAGUUUAACUCCUAUGGAAAUUAUUGAAAGUUAUCAUAAUGCUUAUCAAGAUAUUCAAAAUAGUAAUGAUUGUAAUAAGGACACUCAUUCCAUGAAUAAUUUUUCCAAUACAUCGUGUUGUUACUCUAACUCUUUAGAACAAAGCAAGGGUCUCCUCAAUCCUAUAGAAAAUCCCAACUAUAAUACAGAAUAUAAUAACAUUAACUUUUUGAACAAAAUGACCUUACCAGAGAAUAUUGUCAUAUUUAAAAAUAUAUUCAACAAUAUAAAUAAAUUACGAAUUUUAUUUUGUAAGAUGAAUUUUUUUUCUUUAAUAGACCGCAACAUUAACAAUCUUCAGAAAUGGAUUGAUAUCGAAAGAUGUGAAACUUUUUUUGAUAAUAACAUACUUUUAGUAAAUAAUCAAGAAAAUAACAGAUUAUUUCUUCCUAUAUCGCCUGAAUACCUAGAAGAAUUAAAAAAAAUAAAAAAAAAGAUAACAAUAUUAAAAUUGACAGAUUUUGAAGUUGGCAUAAUGAUCCCAUUGAAUAAACUAUUAAAGGCCAGUUCCCAAAUUCGACAUAAUUUGAAAGAUUUGAAGACGUUAAAAAAAGAUUACAUUAUCUAUCUUAAAGAGAAAAAAACCAAUGUAUACGAUGUGAAAAGACAUGUUAUUGGCAAGCAUUACGAACAAUUACAGAAUAAAAUUGAAAGAGACUUACCAGUCUUUAUCCGCUUGGUUUAUCAAUUAAUAGAAUUAAUUAUAUUAAACUAUAACAAGUUAAUGAUGAAUUUUUUUGAAAUUAUGAGUGGUGGGCAUUCAUAUUUACAAAAAGAUAUACAAUCAACAGCUAGUAAUACAUCUGUCUUACAUGCAGAUAUUCUGCAGCAAUAUUCGGCUUCUAGACAUUAUGUCAAGAAGUUAGUUAGAGACAAUUGGCAAUUUCCAUGUGAUACCAGUGUAUCAAGACCAUUGCGAAGAUUAUUUGAACUCUAA